UGGAACUACACGUACCUCUACGAGAAUGGCACAGCCUACAGCAACGGCACCAUCAGCAAUGCGACACAGUGCUACAUGCUUCGGCCGCCUUACAUGCCCGUCAUAUUCACCAACGGCACCGUCGCCAACUCGACCGGAUGCAGCCAGCCCAUCAUGCCAAUCAAGUCGCAUGGACGGACGGGGAUAGCCUUUGCCGCGCUCUUCAUCCUGCUGGUGCCGUUCUGCAUCACUGCGCUUAGACGGCAUGGCAAGCGCGCCUACAGCGCAAAAUCAAAGCUCUACCCGUACGGCAAGCGUUGGGAAUUCUACUGGCAGCUCCUGGCCAUUAUUUGUGUCAUGAUUUCCUCCUUUUUUGCUAUUGAUAUCGACCGCGUCGUCGUCCAGUCUGGUGGAUUCGGCGCCUACUGUCUGUUCUGGUCAGCUCAACUACCCGUCACUCUUGCUGCCAUUUGGGAGAUGUCUCGUAAUUGGGCGCAAGUCGAAGCCGACAGAUAUAUCGCCGACCGGCCAGAGAUGCCACUCAACAAGCACAAUGACAGCCUAGCGGUCAAGUUUCAAUUUUGGGUGCCGCUUCUCUUUUAUGCACUCGAUCUCUUGGCCUUGUUCCUCAUCGCUCUACGACCCUGGGGCGGAGUUAUUCGAGGCAAUGUCGCUGAAGCAACAGAUGGACGCUUCAAGUCUGGUGCGUGGUUCUCCCUCUUGGCCUACUUUGUCAUUCUCACUUUGCACCUGAUCGCAACCUUUUCGUACAGGCCGGCAGCCGGCUUACACGCCUGGUGUGUUGUGCUUUGCAUGGUCCUUAUUUUACCUCGUCUCUUCUACACCAUUCUGCAAAUGAACGACUACAACAUCUCUCCCUUCAAUCCGAACGUCAACGCCUUGUACACGAGUCUGCUGGGAUAUCUACCGCUGCUCGCUGUCUUCAUCGUGAUGAAUGUGCGUGGCCUUCUCAUGCAAAACAUCGAC